AUGGCCGCCAAUGCUGCCCUUCCGAAACGGAUCAUAAAGGUGAGCUUCAACUCGUGUUCUCCGGGCCAUUUCGAGGUCUAUAGCGCUCUUGGCCCCCUCCCCCCGCAGCUGUCUCGCUCACACGAGCACAGCUCGGCGCGGUUCGUCAUCAUCCGUCCUCGGCCGCGUCCCAGCUCGCGUCCCUUCAACAGUGAAGGCGUUCUUCCCCAACAGGGUCCCCAACUCAGCCAGAGUUCUACUCGCAGCACGAGCCAUCGAAUAGAUCAUCCUUCCAAGCACGUACUGAGCCCCCCCCCCCCCUUCCCCUGCGCUGACACAGGAAACGCAACGCUUGAUCGCCGACAGCCCACCUGGGAUCUCGGCCGUACCCCACGACGACAACCUGCGGUACUUUGACGUGCUCGUCUCGGGGCCCGAGGGGUCACCUUUCGAGGGUCAGUUCGCCGCAUGCCGCAGCUUGUGGUGCGGCUGGUGGGUGCUGAGAUUCCCACGGGUUUGCUCACAGGCGGCGUGUUCAAGCUCGAGCUGUUCCUGCCCGAAGAGUACCCCAUGGCCCCUCCCAAAGUCCGCUUCCUCACCAAACUCUACCACCCCAACAUUGGCAAGUCCCUUUCCCCCGGCUGGAUCUCGAUCCCCUUCGCUCUCCGAUCCUGACCGAUGAUCACUCUCGCCACACCCCACAGACAAACUGGGGCGCAUCUGCCUCGACAUCCUCAAGGACAAGUGGUCCCCCGCGCUGCAGAUCCGUACCGUGCUCCUGUCCGUCCAAGCGCUCUUGUCCGCUCCGAAUCCAGUAAGCCGACAAGACCCCAGGUGUCGAACAAGCUUUCGAUCGGAUCUAAACUGAGGAAUGAUCUCUCUCUCUCUCUCUCUCUCUCGUUCUUUCUCAGGACGACCCGUUGGCGAACGACGUCGCGGCGCACUGGAAGGAGAAUGAGAAGGACGCGAUGAGGGUCAGCAGGGAAUGGACCCACAAGUACGCGUCGGCUUAG